AUGGCCACCACCAACGGGACUCUGCCUCAUCAUGGGGAUACUUCUUCCGAAACCCCUCAACCUGCGCCCUCCUCCGCCGAUGAGCAACAUAUCGAAGAACUCUCCCAGCACUUAGACCUGACUUCCCUCUCUCCGUCCACCCUAGCCAUCCACGCCGAUGACCCUCUCAACGUCGUCAGUGAUGUCGCCCCUCCUAUCCAUGUCUCCACUACCUUUCGUUACGACAAAGACCCCGCCCAACUGCGCCCAUAUCAUGAACGAGAGGAACCCAUCUUUGCGCCCACCGAACACAACUACUCCCGCCACACAACACACAGUACAUCACGCCUGGAGAUGAUCCUGGCUGUGCUGCUGAAAACCCCUUGCUUGACAUAUUCCUCCGGGCUCGCGGCAUUCAAUGCAUUGAUAACGUUCUUGGCUCCCAAGAGAGUGGCCAUUGGCGCUGGCUAUCACGGAUGUCAUGGCGUGUUGAGAAUCCACCAGCGGCUUUCCGGGCUGCAGCUCCUGCCGCUAGACUGCAAGCCGGAGGAUCUGCAAGAGGGGGAUCUUCUGCACCUGGAAACCCCUGUGAACCCGACAGGACUGGCCUUCGACAUACAGCAUUACGCCGACGUUGCCCAUUCACGAGGUGCAUACCUCAGCGUGGACGCCACGUUUGCGCCGCCACCCCUGCAGGAUCCCUUCAAGCACGGUGCAGAUAUUGUCAUGCAUUCAGGCACAAAGUAUAUUGGAGGUCACUCGGACAUGCUCUGUGGUGUUUUGGCGGUCAAACAGAAAGACUGGAUUCCCAAGAUGCUGCAAGAUCGCGUGUAUCUGGGCUCCGUGAUGGGUGGUUUGGAAGGCUGGCUUGGUGUGAGGAGUAUUCGAACUCUGGAGCUCCGAAUCAUGAAGCAGAGUGAAUCAGCGAGAAGGAUAGUUGAUGCCCUCGAUGGUGCUUUGACGGGUCACACUGUCGGCACGGGCCUGUCCCUUUCCGAUACAGAGAUCAUCAAGUCCGUCGUCAAACAGGUGCAUCAUGCGAGUCUGCAAACCAAAGACUACAAGACGUGGUUGAAGAAACAAAUGCCCAACGGCUAUGGCCCAGUAUUUGCUAUCGUUAUGAAAUCGCAAGAUUUCGCCAGGGCAUUGCCCAGCAAGCUCCAUCUCUUCCACCACGCAACCAGUUUAGGUGGGAUUGAGAGCUUGAUUGAGUGGAGGACAAUGACCGAUUCAACGGUGGAGAAGGAUCUCCUGAGGGUCAGCAUCGGCAUUGAAGACGAGAAGGAUCUGCUCGAUGACCUGAUCCAGGGCUUCAAGGCACUGAACGCGGUCAAUGGAACGUCCAGCUAG